GCACGCCACAUCAGGCGGUGUGUUAGUGUGGGUUACAGCUCAGUAUCAGCCGGAGACGCAGCAGGAAUGGUCGUCCUCGAGUGGUCGGUGCUGGCGCGACUUUUCGUCUCGUGCCUCACGUGUUUGACGCUGCAGCGCGGCGCGUGCGGUGUUCGAACGCGCAAGCAGCCUCCUGGGAUUGAGAUCUUUAUCUCCACGCAGUCAGUCACUGCAGGUCAAAAAGUCCUCACCAUAGAGGGUAGGGAGUGUAAGUUUCCAUUCAGAUUGGGUGGGACUGUUUAUCAUCAGUGCAUUGCACUGAGUUCUGGCAGACAGUGGUGCUCCCUCACCAAUAACUUCGACCGGGACAUGAAGUGGGGAUAUUGUAGUUCUCAGACACGCCUCUUCAACACUGCUUUCCACAGUAUCACUGAGCAAAGCCUGUGCAAUCCGAACCCGUGUAAGAACGGCGGAGUGUGUACUGCGGUUCCUUACCAGCGUUCGUUUGAGUGUGUGUGUCCAGAUGCUUUCACGGGAGCCAAGUGUGAACUGAAAAAGUGCUAUGAGCCACUGCACCUGAGGCAUUACAACAUAGGGGAGGUGUGGGGACGAAUCCACCUGCGUAACGCCGAGCAGUGCACGUGCAGCAGAGACGGAGUGUCUUGUAGGCGCACACGUUACAGAGUAUGUCCAACUAAUCCUUGUGAGAAUGAAGGAAGCUGCAGAAUAAUUGAAACAACAAGAGAGGCGGUGUGUGCCUGCAGGCCAGGCUACACAGGAUCAUACUGUAGCAUCUCUCCUGAGGAAAGAUGCUAUAAAGAGUCAGGUGUCCAGUAUCGUGGCACUGCAAACAUUACCCUCUCUGGCGCCCACUGCCUGCCCUGGAGCUCAGACCUCUUGUACAAUGAGCUCUCGCCGGACACUUUACAUGAUGCCUCCCAACGGGGACUCGGGGACCAUGCGUUCUGCAGGAACCCUGAUAAUGACAAGAAACCCUGGUGCUACACAAUGAACAAUGGAGUGAUUUCCUGGGAAUACUGUGAUGUGCCAUCUUGCCAUAGAGGGCAAUCUUCUCGUAAAGAUCCCGUUCCAGCCCCUCUUCCCACUUCCAUGCCCGGUCCGAAACACACCUGUGGCAAGAGAAACUCAAAGAGAGUUUCUCACGGAAGAAUCCACAGAGGCACUUCGGCGAUGCCCGGCUCUCACCCCUGGAUGGCGGCGCUGUAUAUCGGUGAUGAGUUCUGUGCUGGCAGCUUGGUCUCAUCCUGCUGGGUGAUUUCAGCUGCUCACUGCUUCCUCCGCAAUCCGUUGCUGUCGGUGGUGCGUGUAGUCCUUGGUCAGCACAGUUUUAAUGUCUCGAGCUCCAACACGCAGACAUUUGGGAUAGAAAAGUAUGUUUUCUACAACCAGUAUAAUCAGUUCAGCCCAACAGUGCAUGAUAUUGUCCUUGUGAAGCUGAAGAAGGUCAAUGGGCGCUGCGCUCGUAAAAACAAGUUCAUUCGGCCGAUCUGUCUGCCGGAUGAGUCCAUGAUAUUCCCAGAUUACAUGUGCUGCACCAUCACAGGCUGGGGACACAUGCAGGAGAAGGGAAACUCAUAUUCGUCGCUGAGAGAAGGAAUUGUGAAGCUUAUUCCAGAUGAGAAGUGUUCCUCUCCUGAAGUGUAUGGCUCGGAGGUGAGAAAGGGGAUGCUGUGUGCAGGUAGUGAAAACUGCGUGGAUGCUUGUCAGGGAGACUCCGGCGGGCCUCUGGCAUGUGUGUGUAACGAUGUGAGUUUUCUCUAUGGCAUCAUUAGUUGGGGUGAUGGUUGUGGACGAACAGGGAAACCAGGUGUCUACACCAAAGUCAUCAAUUACAUCACAUGGAUCAAUGACAUCAUCCGGCGCAAAAAACCCUCCCGGAGAAAAGGACUUUAGCGUGUGUAUUAGCAUACAACUGGCAUGUUUUUUUUAUUUUUUUAAAUGAACUGUGAAUGAAUACUACCUUUUAUAAUCUAAUAAAUUAUAAUGAAACUAUGACGUGUUAUAUCCUUAUG